ACUGUUGCUGUAGUGGCUUUGGAACGCAUGUUUGGUGCAAUGAUAGAUAAAGGCAUCGAUAGAAUCGAGUUUCAAUUACAAUCUGACCUUGCGAUGUUACUAGUUCGAGCAAAAGCUCAAGUCAUUAUGUAUGAUAAUGAUCAUUCUACCCCGGAUAGUGAGCAAAUGUCUAUUCUAUGUGUUACGCGUGAUUUAGACGCUUUCAAGAAAUUUAUGAGUCAUUUUAAAAAUUCGGAAAAUAGUGUUGCGAAAAAGCCAAUGGAGGAUGAAAAAUUUAAAAGUUUAAUUAAAAAAUAUUUUGACUCUGAUGGAAAUGUGCUUCCAUCUGGAAAGAUUAAAAACCCGCUGAUGAGAACACAAAUGUUGAGUCGAAAUGCAUCUCCGCCAACUUCUAAACAUGGAAAAGAAAUAUGUAGAAAUACCUUAGUGUCAUCCUCAACCAAUUCGACAAAUACCGCAUCACAUUCAACACUGCUUUCAAAUACGAAUUCAAACAAUUUAAGUAAUUCAACGGAUGAAGACGUUAUCGUAGUUUCUUCUGUGAGAAGAAGAAACAGUUUAAAUCGUAAGAGAGCUGGUCCAUCUUCGGAUCACGAGCCGAAUACAGAUUUUUCAACAAGAUUCAAUGGAAUACGUCUUAAGAAAAAAUAUAAAUCUUCAACAGACAUUGUGCCAUAUUCAAAAGUUCCACCAAAACCUGUGUCUGGUGUUUCACAUAGUCUUGGUAGACGAGAUCCAAAUAGCAAGUUAUUUUACUACCAUUGUGUUGGAUAUUCAUCAAUUUUAAUCACUGGGUCAGAUUACAAUCGUUUAAUAGACAUGGACGAGUUGAACGACACUCUUAUUGUAUUUUAUAUGAGAUAUGCACUGAAUAAACUUCGUGAACACGAUGAAGCUAAGGCAAGGAAGUAUUAUUUAUUCGACUCAUAUUUUUAUAAAAAAUUAUCUGACCUUCGCGAUGCAAA